AUGCCACCAGCUUCGCAGCGCAGCACCGCCUACAGCAUGUACUCCGCGAGACGGUCCUUCCUAUCACCUCCAGGGCCAGGCGCCUACCAGCGUGGCGUCAACGACUCCACGCUCAUGCUCGGCGAUAGAGCCAAAGCGUUCCACGGCGACGGCUUUGACCAGUCAAGGGCGCUGCUCAAAGAACGCACCGGACGGCCAAGUCCUUGUGACUACAGCCCAUCGACGCUGCGCUCGGGCCGCGGGUUGUGGAGCGGGCGGAGUAGCAGCAUUGGCCUGCCUCUCUUGCCUCCGCCGAACCGAAACCCGGGCCCUGGAGAAUACAGCCCAAUGAGACCGAGGGCGGUGGGCAAGAGCUUUGGGUAUACGAUCAGCAGGCGGGAUUUCAGCUGGGAUCUGCCAGACCUGGGCGGCGGGUAUGGCAGCAGAGGCCCGGCGAUGCUUUGGAGGGGAGAGGAGCUGCGAUGCGCACGCGCACGCUACUGCCGCAAGUAA